GAAGUUUCUACUUAUCAUAUAAAAGCCUUGCUUCGCGUUGUACUCUGAUUUGCUUCCAUUUAACUGUACAAAACCAAUGAAGUUCGUUGUAAUAUUGUUCUUCUCUCUUAGUUUCUGCAUCCACUAUUCUUUGGCAGUUGAUGACACCUUAAAACCAAACCAAACUCUCCAAGACACCGGCCAAACUCUGGUCUCGACCGGGGCAAAAUUCAAAUUAGGCUUUUUCAGCCCACCGAAUUCCAAGGACCGCUAUGUAGGAAUAUGGUUCAACAAUAUUGCAGAACUCACACCCGUCUGGGUCGAAAACAGAGACAACCCUCUCACAGACUCGUCGGGUAUCUUCAAAAUCACCGAAACCGGAAACAUAGUAAUCCUCAGCAACAAAACGGAGAACCCCAUAUGGUCCUCAAAUUCAUCAGCGAAAGACCCAACUUUGCAGCUCUUAAACACAGGAAACCUCGUGGUUAGGGAUGGAAGUAAUGGAAACUAUACAUGGCAGAGUUUCGACCAUCCCUGUGAUUCGCUCAUAGCAGGUAUGAAGCUGGGUUGGGACUUCAAAACUGGUCAAAAUUGGAAGCUGAACUCCUGGAACAACCUCCAAGAUCCAUCCACCGGAAUCUACACGUAUGAAAUGGACCGUAACGGGAUUCCACAGCAUCUUCUGCGCAGAGGCCAAGACAUCCUGUACAGAAAUGGUCCUUGGGAUGGUGUUCGAUCAGGCGGGGACCCAACUCCCAUGCGACAGCAAUCAGUCUUUAUCCCCAAAUAUGUUGUCAACGAAACCCAUAAUUACUAUACCUUCGACAACGCCGACAAUUCCACGCUUACCAGGUUCGAUUUGAAUGCAUUGGGAUCUCCAACCCAGCAAAGGUGGGACCCCACGACCGCCAGUUGGAUUCUCAUCUUCGCGAUGCAGAAAGAGGAUUGUGACACGUUCGCACGUUGUGGUCCUAAUGGCAUCUGUGUCGAUAAUGUUUGCCAUUGCCCAACUGGAUUUGUUCCAAAAGCACCAGAAGCCUGGGCUGCGGGGAAUUCAAGCAGCGGGUGCAUACUGAAGACGAGCUUGAACUGUAGCGCCAACGAGGGGUUCAAGAAGUUCUCUAAGUUGAAGUUGCCGUACAAUUCGGAGUUUACGGUGAACGGAACGGUGGUGAAGAAGGAGUGCGAGUUGAUUUGUAGGAGAAACUGCUCUUGCGUGGCUUAUGCUGUUGCUAAGGUUGGUGGGUGUGUGGUGUGGUCUGGGGAGCUGUUUGAUAUGAGAAGUUUCAGUGUUGGCGGGCAAGAUGUGUAUAUUCGAAUGGAUGCUUCUGAAUUGAAAUCCGAUGAGAAUGAAAAAAAAAGGGCUGUGAUCAUCGCAGUGUCAGUUGUCUCAGGGUUUGUUCUGUUGUUUUUGGUGGGAGGGUAUAUCAUCAGGAAGAGGAGGAGGGCCUCCCGCUCACACAUAAGCCAAUUUGAUAACGCAGUAACCAAUUCAAAAGAACAUGAACAUCCCAUUCUUCUUGAGAAUGACGUAGAUCAGCUACCUUCAUUUGACAUGGAUACCAUUUCCAAUGCAACUGACAACUUCUCCUCUACAAACAAAAUUGGAGAGGGCGGUUUCGGUCCGGUUUACAAGGGUAUGCUCCCUACCGGACAAAAAAUAGCAGUGAAGAGACUUUCUAAAGAUUCUGGACAAGGCAUUGUAGAGUUCAAGAAUGAGGUGGUUUUAAUUGCAAAGCUUCAACAUUGGAAUCUUGUGAGGCUGCUGGGAUGUUAUAUUCAAGGAGAGGAGAGGAUGUUGAUCUAUGAGUACAUGCCCAAUAAAAGCUUGGACUUAUAUAUAUUUAAUCAAACAAGGGGUACUGCACUUAAUUGGCCAAAGCGAUUUGACAUUAUAGUGGGAGUUGCUCGAGGACUUCUUUAUCUUCACCGAGAUUCAAGGUUGAGAAUUAUUCAUCGAGACCUUAAGGCUAGUAAUAUCCUCUUAGACGAUGAGAUGAAUCCCAAGAUAUCAGACUUUGGCAUGGCGAGAAUAUUUGGAGGUGACCAAAAUGAAGUAAAUACUAACAGAGUAGUUGGAACAUAUGGUUAUAUGUCUCCAGAAUAUGUAAUAGAUGGGCACUUUUCAGUGAAAUCUGACAUCUUUAGCUUUGGAGUCAUGGUUUUGGAGAUAGUAAGUGGAAAGAAGAACAGAGGAUUUGAGCAUCCUGAUCAUGAGCACAACCUCUUAGGACAUGCGUGGAAUUUGUGGAAUGAAGGUAGGCCAAUGGAGCUGAUGGAUAGUUUGAUGGAAAACGUUUCUGUAUCAGAAGUGUUGAGAUGUAUCCAAGUUGGUCUAUUGUGUGUUCAAAAACGCCCUGAAGAGAGGCCCUUAAUGUCAUUUGCUCUUUCCAUGUUGGAUAGCGAAAAUGCUUCAUUGCCACAACCUAAACAACCUGGAUUUUACACUGAAAGAGCUUUUAUAGAAACUGAUUCCUCUUCAUUAUUGAAUAAGCCAAAUGCUUCUACAGAAAUAACUGUUACAAUAUUGCAAGGCAGAUAAACAAUCAAAUUAAUCGUUGAUGCCGUGAGAAAGAUUUUGUUGUUAUCUACACCAGUUCUUAGAAUUUUUACGGAUUUCAAGUAUUUUUUUUAUUUUCUAUGAAUCGUCCAAUAAUAACAGGAAUGUAGAAGAAAAAAUACGGUAGUCGGUUGGCACACGUUUACUGAUGAUAUAUAACUGUGAAUGACAAUUUCCCUGUUCAUUAUGAGUGAAGCAUCGAUAUUAGUAGAAUUUAGACAUCGUUGGUGUUUUGGUGGCAAGUCUAUGCUGAAUAUAU